AUGGGGAGGGUCAUUCCCCCUUCCAUGAAAGCUAUCAUAAAGAUUAUGACUUCUCCCUCUUCUCGGUUGGUUAUUAUUUCUUCUGGGGAACAGUACCGCAGGGCAACUUCCUGCGAGCCAUUGCCCCCAAUCCGAGUGACUGAUUUUGCUCUGAUAAGAAAAAAAAAAUUGGAAUUUGUUGUUGAAGAAGGCAAGAAACCUCAUGGCCAGUGCUCCACUCUCCUUCUGCCAGCUUUAUCGAUUGGGAAUGUGGGGCAAUUGGCAAUGGAUCUUAUGGUAUCGUCGACAAGAGCAGAAAGAAUUGGGUUUUUCGAUGACCCUUUUCUUCUUCCUUGUGUAGGAAACGAUGCCUAUGGUCCUCAACCUCAAGGCCAACUAGCUCUUCCUCUUGAAGCUUAUGAUUCCUCCUCUAAUGCACUGACUCUUGUCCAACUGAGGUCCCCGGUUGUUAAGGGGAAGAUGGUUGAAUUUGCUAAAAACUUGGCUGAUUUUGCUGCUGCUACUGGAAAGAAACAUGCCGUUGUGCUCUCUAGCUUAGAUUUUGGGAGGUGUCGAAAUAUUGAUAUGUCAAGUGGUUUGCAGACAUACUACUUGUCUAGCACCAAUUCUGAUGGAACAGAUGAUUACUGCGAGCAAAUUGGGUGGAAAAGACUGCAGGAAUACAACCCUACUCAGAGAUGUUGGAAAUAUCUCGGCACUUUAGCCGAAGGAAAUGCCAUGCAGGAUAACAACCCUUUUGAAGAUGAACUAGAAGAAGAAGAUUACUACCCAAGCUUGCCUUUUGCUGCACUUUUUUCUUGUUUUAAGGCCAAAGGUUUAAAAGUCACCUGCUUAUUAUGCUACUGCUCAGAAGGGGACAACAUACAGGAUGCUUUCCAUUUGGCUGAGGCAGCAUGCAAACUUCUGGGUCUUAGUCCCAGUAAUUUCCACGGCAAUGAGGGUAAUGGAUGGCUCAUUCCAUAUUCGUGGAAGACAGUGUAUGGACUACCCCCAGAUAUGUCUAUCUUCUAGGCUGUAUUGACCUGAUAUUGGAUCUGCAAGAACAAGAGUACCCCUUGAAUUCUCAUUGUUGUUUCGUCAAAGGCUGCAAAAAUCAAACAGUGAUCCAUUGUAUCUUGCAUAUGUAAACGUUAGGUUCUUUUGUUUAGCAAUGGAUUAGUCAAUAUAGAAUCAAUGAUUUGAAUAUCGUUUUCCAUA